AUGGCAUUCCAAAAGGAGUACGACUUAGCGCUGAAAAUUGUUCAAACUUCGUGUAACAUCACACAAAGUGUUUCUAAAAAGUCUUUAGAAUCGCAGACACAGAUUAAGAAUGAUAAGUCUCCAGUGACUGUUGGUGACUACUCUGUACAAGCCUAUGUGAACUAUGAGUUGUCGAAAACGUUCCCAGAUGAUAAGAUAGUUGCAGAAGAAGACACAAAAGCAAUACCAGAUGCAAUCUUUGAACAAGUCAAGGAACAUGUGAAAGAACAUGUUACUGGUCUUACUGAUGAGGAGAUUAAGAAGUCGAUCAACUUGGGAGCUUCAGAAGGUGGAAAAGGGCGUUGUUGGGUAUUAGACCCGAUUGAUGGGACUUUAGGAUUUUUGCGACGUGAGCAGUAUGCGGUCUGUUUGGGUUUCAUGGUUGAUGGGGUUCUCAAAAUUGGAGUUCUUGGAUGCCCGAACUUUGAGGGUGGUAUUAUUGUCGCUGCACAAAUUGGUUGCGGCGCAAGAGAAUACAAAGUGAGUGACCUUUCGAUAACAAAAGAGAUUCACGCGACUACAACCGACAAAACUGAAGACAUCGUUUUCUGUGAGUCCGUCGAGGCGUCGCACUCCGACCAAUCCAAGUCGAAGAAGAUCAGUGAACUAUUGAAAACUAAUAAAGAACCAUUAAGAAUAGAUUCGCAAUGCAAGUACAUGACUGUAGCUUCUGGCAGAACUGAUGUGUAUUUAAGACUUCCCCGCGACUCGAAGUAUCAAGAAAAGAUAUGGGAUCAUGCAGCUGGGUAUCUUAUAGUGAAAGAAGCUGGAGGAAAUGUCACCGAUAUCUUUGGAAGAGACUUAGACUUCACUGUUGGAAGAAGCUUAGCGCGCAACAAUGGGAUCAUAGCGACCAAUGGGAAACUCCACGAGAGAGUUGUUGCUGUAGUCAAAGAAGUCUUUGCUGAUUUUAAGUGA